AUGCCAGGUGUCACUAUUACACAAUCAUUGAAUCCCAAACUUCGUGAUAAAGCUACAAUAUUAGGAGAAUAUAGAGAUAUUCGUUUUAAAGGAGACCGUGCUGAACAGGAAGCAAAAUUGGCUGCAUCAACAACUUUGUAUGUUGGUAAUCUUUCAUAUUUUACAAGAGAAAGCCAAGUUUAUGAAUUAUUCUCUCGUGCUGGAGAUGUCAAACGUGUUAUUAUGGGAAUAGAUAGAUUUAAAAGAACUCCUUGUGGAUUUUGUUUUGUUGAGUAUUAUAAUAGGGAGGAUGCUGAGAAUGCUAUGAGAUAUAUAAAUGGUACACGAUUGGAUGAAAGAGUUAUUAGAACUGAUUGGGAUGCAGGUUUUGUUGAAGGAAGAGAAUUUGGUAGAGGAAAACAUGGUGGACAGGUGAGAGAUGAAUACAGACAGGAUUACGAUCAAGGAAGAGGUGGCUGGGCAAAAUCAAAUUUUGCCAGAAAUUGUUUUAAUUAA